AUGGAGCGGCGGCGCAAGCCUCUUCCGCGCCGGCCGCCGUACUGCGCUCCUUUUACGUCAGGUCGUCCACCAGCCAAGAAGAGGAAGAGAUUGGGCUCCGAGGGAGAGAUUGAACCUUCGGCCGGGGCGGCAGGAGUCGACCGGAUCAGCGCCCUCCCCGACGAACUCCUCGGCGAGAUCAUCUCCCUCCUCCCCACCAAGGACGGCGCCCGCACCCAGAUCCUCGCGUCCCGGUGGCGCCACCUCUGGCUCUCCGCCCCUCUCAACCUCGACUGCCGUGGCUUUGCCACCGCCGCCGAUCUCGCGGUCGUCAGAUACCGCAGGGUCUACAACAACGUCCCCUCUGCUGUAGCGCACAUUCUUGACCGCCACCAAGGCCCCGGCCGCCGCCUCCGUGUCAAGGGGUACCGUCUCCCCGUCGCCGCCGCCGCCGCCACCGCCGCCACCGCCCUGAAUUGGUGGAUCGUGGCCCCCGCCCUCGCCGCCGCCGCCUCCGCCGCCCUGGAUUGCUGGCUCGUGGCCCCCGCCCUCGACGGCCUCCAGGUGCUCGAGUGCUGGGUUUCUUCCAAGCGUUCUAAACCGCUUGGGCCGCUGCCGGCGUCCGCCUACCGCUUCUCGCCCACCCUCCGCGUCGCCACCUUCGGUGGCUGCCGCCUCCCCGACGACGACAUCGCCCAAGGGCUUCACUUCCCCAACCUCAAGCACUUGUCACUUGAAUCCGUCUCCACCUCGGAGCAUUCUCUGCACAGCCUCAUCGCCCGUUGCCCCGCUCUGGAAUGCUUGAUGAUUCACACAAUCUUCGGCUUCCGUCGCCUUCGGAUCAAUUCCCUCACUCUUACGUUCAUAUGUGUGCAAGAUCAACUUCAGAACUGCAAGGCAUUCAGUCAGCUCCAGUUUGAGGAACUCGUCAUCCAGAAUGCGCCUUGUCUUGAAAAGUUGAUCCCUCUCUACUUUGAGUGUGGUCUGCAGGUGUCGGUAAUCUCCGCGCCUAGACUUCACACCUUGGGCUUCCUUACUGAUUGGGGCGAUCAUUCUACCAAACUAGUGUUUGGCUCCACAGUUAUUCAGGGAUUGCGCGCCAAUAGCCUGACAACGGCGGUGCACACUGUCAAGAUUUUAGCUGUCAAUGUCAAUAUUCUUAGUUUGGAUAAUCUUCUUGACAUGAUGAGAUUCUUUCCAUGCUUGGAGAAGCUGCACGUGAAGAUUUUAUGUCUUUCUUUGCAGUCAUGGAGUUCGGGUGAGAAAAAUUUGUGGCAUCAUAAACACCGGGAUCUUCUCAGAUGUCUUGACAUCCGUCUCAGGACAGUAGUGUUGGAAACGUAUCUGGGCAGCUGGUCACAGGUUAACUUUGCCAAAUUCUUUGUGCUGAACGCCAGAGUGCUGGAGUCAAUGACGUUUCAUGUUGAGGCCAGCUUGUACGAUGAGGAGUUCUUGGCAGAACAGCGUGGGAAGCUUCAGCUAGGGAACAAGGCUUCAAGAGAUGCUCAGUUUCAUUUUACAACUGGUACUUCUCUCGAAGCUGUUUGGGAGACCAAGCAUCUCAGUGAUCUUAACUUGAAUGACCCCUUCCUGUGUAGAUGUUGA